AUGUCACUUUACCCUCACAGUUCCGCUUCCAGCCCAAGUUGCCUCGAACGCGAAGGGAGGCCAACCCCUACCGAAAAGAGCAUGUCGUAUGAAUGUUCAAGGACGUCCAGCUUCGACCUAAGCUAUCUCUGGUCUCAUGAGUAUGUAUAUAUGCUUCUACUCGUGGACAUCAAUAGUAUCUUCAUUGUCAAAUUGUUACUAUAUGUUCUGCUCAAGGUUAGGGUGCAAUUUUUACUCCCUGCUAUUGACUUCUGGUAUCACGGCAGUAUCUUUCAUGCUUGUUUCAAGAGCAGCACUUUUAUCGAGUAUUGGAUCACACCUGAUUUUACCAAGCCACCUGAACAAGACUAA